UUGACACAAAAUGUGUCCACCACAAAUUCAAUUCCGAGAAAAAAUGUUCUUUUUUUUUAAAUUUCGUUAAAGACAUUAACUUAACAAUCAUCAGCGGAUGAGACUUUUGCCACUCAGAUGUAAUCGCGCGGAUGUAAAGUUGCAUGAUGUAGAGACUGGAGAGCAGCCAUUUUCACAUCCAUUCUCACUGGAAAUAAGCAGACGACAGUCUGACAAACUUGUUUUGGCUGUUGUUGUCUUGUUGCCCUUUUUUGGCUGAAACGUCAUGUGCAUACUAAAUUUCUUCAUUGGAAACAGUUGAAGAAAGAACAAUGCUCUAUUGAUGAAUAAGCAAAUGCUACUGAAUAUUCAUAAACAAGUAAAGAAGAAUUGCCAAGUUUUUCAUGGGACGUACAAACCACAAAGGGAAACAAGUAGCUGCUGGCUAACAUGAAUUGCAACAACACUGGAAGAGGAGGAGCAGCCACAGCUAUUCUUCCAGGAUGAGUAUUAAAAUUGAUGCAAGUUGUCCUGAUGACAUUGUCUACUGUUCCGCUAUACUAUACACUGCUGCACUUGGAUGAAUCCAACUGCUGAACACAAGUUGAGGAAGUGAAGGUCCCUUUUAUUUAUACUAUGUUACUUCUGGUGAAUUACGGUGACUCUUAAGAUACAGUAUUCAGAGCUUUUGAAUAUUCCAUCUGAAAUUAUAGAAUUCAUUUGAAUGAUUUAGCUUCAGAAGGAGACACCACCAAACCCAACCUUUUCAAGAUUAUGUGACAUGUAUAAUAAAGGGUUGAUUGAUUAUACAUGUAGUGCUCAUGUACUGGCCAAGUUGCAUGCAAAUAACGUGAAACGUUGAUUGGGGUGCUGUGUGUCCGAUCAAGACAAAGAUUUAAAAAAAUGGCGAGAAAAGUCAAACGAAAACGUGUGGAGAAUAAGUUAAGUGUGGAACUGGAAAUCGGCGUCACACUAUUUGGGUAAUCACAUGCGAUUGGCCAUCUACUCUGCUUUCAUCUUUUCUUUUGCUCAUCAGGUGCGUCUCCACCCUGGGUGUUCCCCCAGAAAGAACUCUUGCUGUUCCAUCAUCCUCCAAACAACUUUGCGAUUGCUGGAGAUUUACAUAUAUAAUUGGUUUGCUUCUUUUCCCGUCUACUUGCUGGUACGUUUGGUGACUUGCCCAUACCUUGGGAUCUCGCAGUAUAAAAGGUCUUCGACUGAUCUCCAAUCGGCAUCUCAGUACUUGAGCAAUCGUUAAACAAUCAACAGCAACAUGAGUCGUCCUAUCUUGCUGAGCCUUUGUGUUCUGUUGGCCAUUUUGACUUUGACCAGCGCUGUUCCAGCCAACCGUCGUGAACGUGAUGAUGAAAUCGACAAACUCUUUGCUGAGACGUUUCCAUCUUCUGCCACCACCCAAGCGCCCCUAGAGAUAGGAUUGCUCCUUGGCCAAAUGGAAACCGAAUUCCAAAACCCUGGCUUCAAUGGUGACUUGGACAAGUACAACAACUUCGGCCCAGGUGGAUUUCUAAGAAUUGGACCAGUAUACUCCGGCGGCCCUUACAAAAGAUGGUUUUAUUAGUUGCACCAACACAACGAUUUCAGUGUAACGCUAACCGUAGUUUUCCUGAUAUUUCAGCAAAGAGUAGAACAACUUUCGUUAAUUCCACAAUGAGAUUUUCACGGAAUAAAAAUUUUGUUUGCA